AUGAGUGAUAGAGUAUUGUUAAAGGUGUAUUAUUUUGGUCAGAUUUUGUUACAAACAUCUGAAGGGGUCAGAUUUGUUUGUGAAAAUCCAUUAGAUGUUGUGAUUCCUUUCACAAUCUCAUUUGAAGAGUUCAAAGGUGUGAUCUGUGAACAGAUUAAUUCUCAGAGGGCAAGAAGAAUAUCUUGUAUUCUGUAUAGAUAUCCUAUACAAGUGUUUGGUGGAUUCGUCCAGUUUCAAACGAAAUAUGUAACGGACGAAGCGAGCAUGCAGGAAAUGUUUUCCAUGUAUAUUGAAAAUCGGAGUCAACUGUUGUUCAUCGAGCUGUAUGUUGAGUUUGAGCAAUUUGAGGCCGACCAGAAUAUUUUACGGGAAGAUUACAAUAGUGACAGUGAAGAUGAGUUUGAAAGCAACUAUGAAUUUGUUGGUCCAGAUGGAGAUGGGGUUGCAGGUGAGGGAGCUAUAGCUCCGGAUGUAUCUGACGUGGCAACUGCACUGGCAAACAAUGUGCCGUUUGAGGAGCCAUCAUUCAUGCGAGUUUUGGAUUUGGAAGUCAUGCAUGUUCCGGAGUUCCCAGAUUAUAUCAGUUCAGGAAUUCCUCUUGUCGCAGAUGGUGAAUUUGCUGUUGGGAUGGAAUUCAGUUCCAGGGAAGCUGUUAUUAAAGCGAUAAAAGAGUAUACUAUUCGAAGAAGCGUAGACUAUCGGGUGUAUGAAUCUGAGCCGUUGACAUUUUAUGCGAAGUGUACACAGUAUGGGUCAGGGUGUGAUUGGCUUAUCCGGGUUAGCAUGAUCAGCCGGAAGUACUGUUGGGUUAUAAGGAGGUAUAAUGGCAGUCACACAUGUACCAGAGCCACAAUUUCUCAGGAUCAUUCAAAGCUGGAUUCGAGCACAAUUGCAGAAGCAAUUAAGCCGUUGGUUGAGGUUGACCCCGCCUUAAAGGUAAAGUCGGUUAUAGCAGAGGUACAAUCGAAGUUCAACUACACUGUUAGUUAUCGGAAAGCAUGGUUGGCUAAGCAAAAGGCAGUGGAAAAAAUAUUUGGAGGCUGGGAAGCAUCGUACGAAGCGUUGCCUAUUUGGUUUGAGGCCAUGUGUCACAAGGAGCCACCAGCUAUUGUUCAUUUUGAGACUAUGCCUGCAUAUCAAGGCGAUGACUUGGCGACUGAUAUUCGAGUGUUGCAUCGUGUCUUUUGGAGUUAUUACCCCUGCAUUAGAGCAUUCAGACAUUGUAAGCCAGUUGUCCAGGUAGAUGGGACUCACUUGUACGGAAAGUACAAGGGUUGUCUACUAGUGGCAGUGUCACAGGAUGGGAACAACAAUAUCGUCCCAAUUGCGUUUGCGAUUGUGGAGGGAGAGACUUCGGAUGCGUGGCACUUUUUUCUAAGUAACCUUCGUCAGCAUGUUGUCACUCGGGAUGGUGUGGGACUGAUAUCCGACCGUCACGAAUCCAUAAAUGCAGCUGUGGAAAGGAGUAACGGGGCUUGGUCACCUCCUAGAGCUUUUCAUAUGUUUUAUAUCAGGCAUAUAGAGUCGAACUUUCUGAGAAAAUUCAAGGCGCCGUACUUGCAGAAACUGGUCAUCAACAUAGGAUAUUCGAGGACGGUGCGGGAGUACGAGGUGCGUUACCAACGUUUACGAGAACGAGGCGAGGCCUACACUGACUGGUUAAACAGAAUCCCCCGAGAACAGUAUGCGUUGGCUUUUGACGGUGGUUAUCGAUGGGGUCAUAUGACGACAAAUCUUGUAGAAUGCAUCAAUUCAGUGUUGAAGGGUGCAUGCAAUCUCCCCGUGACUGCCCUUGUGAAGGCCACAUUCUACAGGCUCAACGAGUUGUUUACCCGAAAAAGAGCAGAGGCGGAAGCCCGGAUUAAUGCUGGCCAUGUGUUUUCUGAUGUCGUGACUUCGAAGUUGCAUGCAAACCAACUUACAUCAGGAAACAUUCAGGUUAGUUGCUUUGACCGACAGAAUGAGGUCUUUGAGGUGCGUGAGAUGCCAAGUGGACUAGAGUUUGCAGUCGACCUACGUGGCCUUCGAUGUGACUGUGUUGAGUUUCAGGUUGACCGGAUCCCCUGUCGACAUGUGUUUGCAUGUUGUGCCAACCAGAGACUGGAUUGGCAAGUGUAUGUUCAUGAUGUGUAUAAGAUGGACCAAGUUCGCCGGGUGUACCGAGCAAGAUUUAGGCCACUUGGUAACCCCACGACAUGGCCUGCUUACAACGGACCUCGAUUUAUCCCGAAUCCGUUCCUUAGACGCAUGACAAAAGGUCGCCCCAAAAUGACGCGUUUCUUGAAUGAGAUGGACACACGAAUGUUACGUCGGCCCAGGCGAUGUACGCUUUGCGGAGCUGAAGGACACAGCCGCAGCAGAUGCCGUCAGGCAGGUGGGGCAAAUGCUGACAGAGAUCGCCAGUAG